CAGCAGCAGUCUGCAGGAGACAGCGGGGAGGACGCUGCUACUCGGCCCGGGGACGUCGGUGCUUCGCGGGGCCCUCACCGCCUCAUCAUGGAGUUUUUGCUGGGGAAUCCGUUCAGCACGCCGGUGGGACAGCGGAUCGAGUCUGCGACCGGCUCCAGCCUGCCGUCAGAGGACUGGGCACUCAACAUGGAGAUCUGCGACAUGAUCAACAGCUCAGAGGAAGGACCUAAAGAUGCUGUCAGAGCCAUAAAGAAAAGGAUUGUGGGGAACAAGAAUUUCAAGGAGGUUAUGCUGACGCUCACUGUCCUGGAGACAUGUGUGAAGAACUGUGGCUACAGGUUCCACAUCCUGGUGACGACGAGGGAUUUCGUAGAGGGUGUUCUUGUCCGUUCGAUCAUCCCGAGAAACAACCCUCCAUUAAUCCUGCAUGACAGGGUGCUCAGCAUCAUACAGGCGUGGGCUGAUGCAUUCCGCAGCUCACCCGACCUGACGGGUGUGGUGUCCGUGUACGAAGACCUGCGAAGGAAAGGACUUGAGUUCCCCAUGACUGAGCUGGACGGUUACUCACCUGCCCAACCCCAGAAAAAGCAGACUUUGCCUGGGAACGGGCCUGCUGUCACUACUCUGCCUGCUGUGCGCCUCUCUUCCAAACCUCCACUCAUCUCACCCCAGACUUCUGAGCUAAAAUUGGCCCUAGAGGGAAGUAAUGCCUUCACUCCCAGCCAGAUAAAAAAGCUGAAGUCAGAGCUGGGAGUGGUCAGAAGUAACCUGACUAUGAUGUCAGACAUGAUGAGUCAGCUGGAUCCUGUCACAGUAAAACAAGCAGACAUGGAGCUGCUGGAGCAGUUAUACACUGUAUGUAAGGAAAUGCAAGACAGGAUAGUGAAGAUCGUCCCCAGGCUCAGUGAGGAGAAGCUGAUUGAAGAGUUGUUGGCAGCUAAUGAUGAGAUGAACACUGCAUUUAUUCGCUACCACAGGUUUGAAAGACGAAUACCAAAUGGUCAAAAUGCAGCAGAGAAGAGUCACACAUAUGUCAACUUAACGGACCUCGCCUUGACACCUGAGUCCAUGGCUUUAGCUACCAGUGACAGCUCACACAGCCUGUCAAAACCCAACAGUUUGUCCAGUCAUAUGGCAAGACUCAGUACGAGUGAAUCAGAUGACACAUUAUCGCCCAAAGUAACUGUCUCAACUCAACAAAUACUAAGUGAGCAGAGUGAAGUUACAGUGGACGGCCUGGCUCAGGCUCCGGACAGCAGACAACACAACGCUGCAACGGAUGACAGCCCAGCCUCCACCCGCAGCUCCUCACCAAAGUUAGAUUGGAUGAUUAAAAGGGGAAUGAUUCCCAUCAAUCAGUCGACUGUAAUGGAUGAUAUUGAGAAAUGGCUGGCGUUGGAUGAUGAGUAUGACGACUUCGAGGAUUCAGACGGUGUGACCAGUGAAGAGUUUGACAGGUUUCUGGCAGAACGAGCGAAAGCAGCUGAGCGUCUGCCGUCGCUGAGAGCUUCCUCACAGGACACCAACCACUCUGAGUCUUAAGCUUCACCUGAAACCUGCCAAACUAACAGCACUCAUGAAGCUCCCAUGCCGUUGGCUGAGGAACGCAGAUUUCUUUUAGAUGAACGGUUAAAUGGCACAUUUGACACUGGAACUACUCCCCGUGUCUGAGGAAGGACGUCCUAGCUGUGUAUACUGCUCUUUACCUGGGGAGCACCUGUGUUUUUUAACUGAUAAAAUAAUGUUAUUCUAUAUGAAGGGCGGAGGUUUUUACUUGACGUUGUUCUGAGGGUUUGUCCAUGUGUGGAAUGCGAACAUUUGCACAUUUUAUAUGGCUACAUUCCUGCUGUCGAGAGAAAGAGAGGAUGCUGUUACAGACUUUUGCAACAUAGAUUGUGUAUUAUAUUGCUGUGAUGUAUGUGUUGUCAGACAUGAUGAUGGGUUACAGAAACACCCCUGUUGAAGUAGCAAACACUCGUAUGUAAGAGAAGCUCGGCUGUCACAGAACAGUUUGAUGCUUCACAUCGUUACUGAUGUAGAAUCAUGAAGAAAAGUGAGUGAUGUUUUUUACAUCCAACAUUCCCCUGUGAAGAUGUUUUACUUGAAGUUUAACAGGAAGUCAUGACACACUGCUGUCAAAUAUUAAACUAAAACUAUUAACUGGAA